ACAGAACGCCGCCGUAUUUACAGCUAAUAAAUGCUUCCCAAACUAGAGGCUAAUAAAAUGCAAUUACUGCAGUGUAAUUGUUAGUAAAAUUGUGUUAAUUAAAGAGUGGAAGUGAGGAGAAUUAGUGAUUUAAACUAUAUAUACCGCCUGAGAUAUACACAAAGCGCGCGCAGGGUUGCAUUGUGGCGCCUGUCGUUGCCUCCUCAGUCGCACACACACACACGCUCAGUGCGAGAGAAAGUAACGAGCCGUUUCUGGAAAAUACAAUUCCGCCAUAUUUACCGGCAAAAUUCAAAAUAUUUACACCGCCCGAGGUGAGCGGGAUCAAGUGGUCAACCGAAUCGAGGAUUAAACCGCCGUUGGGCAGCAGGAGCGUGGCGGGCGGAGCGAGCGGUACGCAUCAUUCGCCGUCUGCCGCCGCCGUCGCCGUCGCACAAUAAACGAUAGGCAAAAAAGGCCACGAAAAGGGGUGGAGGAAAGGAAGAGGAAGAGGGGGCCCAGUACAACAAUACCGACAAAAACAAUCUCGCAGCACGCUCUCGCACACACUCGAAGAUAUACACACACACACACUCACACACGCGCGCGCGGAUACAGACACACAGACAGAGGCACAGACGACGGAGCAGCCGCGAUGACAAGUCAUCAUCAUCACGUCGGCGUUGGCGUUGGUGGGAACUUCCAGCCGCAGCUGCACCAGCUCCGGGCGCCCAUCGUGAAGAAUCUAUCGCUGGCUGCGGCGGCGGUACCGCUGCCCCUGACCUCGGCCCCCUCGUCGGCGUACUACAUCCCAUCGGCGGCGGGCACAAUUGUCGAGCAAGAUCCGUACACAGUUUUGGCGGGCGAUCCGAUGGGCGAGGAAAACGAGAGCUUCCUGAUCGAGGAGAUCAUCGACGACUAUGACGAUGAGGCUAAUAUCGUUGUGGACACCGGCGAGUUCUUCGAGCACUAUGAAUACUAUCCGGUGGAUCGGCUGGACAGGCUCACAUCGGUCACAGUGGCGGCAGCGGAUGCACUGCCGCCGCCUAUCAUCAUGCAGCAGCCCAGCGACGAUGAGGAGUACAUCGAGGAGGAUGGUGAUGGACAGCACAUGACCUCCUCAUGCGACGGCGACGGUGAUGGCGAAGAGGAGGCCGAGCAGGACGAUGGGGCUUCCACGCCGGCCAUGACAAAUGCCUUUGAGAUCGCAUCCGAGAUGCUGACCACCAUCGAGGCCACCAACAUCAAGGAGGAGCAGCUGGAGAGUGACUUCUACAUGAAAGCAGCCGAGGAUUCAAACAGCUCCAAUGGUCAAUUGCAAGACUUUAAGCUAUUCGGUAGCAGUCGCGUGGAGAGGCCCAUUGGGAAUUCGGCCGCGAAGCGCUGGAAGCAAACAAAGGUACCCAUACGCAUUACCCAGGACGAGUUCAAUGUCACCCUGUGGUCAUCGCUAAACUCGGAGGAUGAGGAAGAGGAGGAGGAGUUGGAGGAACCACCGGGCUCUGCAGCCACCACAUCCGUGACAUCCGCCUCCGCCGCCCAGAACGAGGGCACCACCAGCAUGCCAAAGCUAAUUAUUGACGAGCGCAUCCACGAUGUGCUGAGCGAUGGCAUUGGCAACGAGUACGUCAUCCUGCCCGAUCCAUUCAGUGCCUCUGCGGUCACGGACGUGGAGGAGGUGGUGAAUGCAUUUAUGGGCGAUGUCAAGGGCGAGGAGGACAGCCAGCCGCUGAGCGAACAGUUCAUCUAUGCGGACAACCAGCUGGAAGAGGCCUACGGCAAUAUCGAACUAAUCGAGAACAUGCCGAACAAUGUCGAGUUGAUGCAGUCACUGGGACCAGGUCCUACUCCUGUGCCGGUGACGCUAGCAAAGACCAAUGGAUGUGUGACGACUCCGCAGGCGGCUCUCCCAAAAUUAGUGCUACAGAACAGCAGCACCAAUGUGCGACUGAAAAGUGCGGGCAAUCAAACGAAGGUGACCAAGAGGCAACUCACGGCGGCAGCUCAGGUGGCGACACCGACGCCUCCACCGCCCCUGGUGGCUUCCAGCAAUUCAGCCCGACCGCGGCCCACAAUAGUCAGCAAAUCACCAGCAGCAAUACCGGCGAAUCAGUCGACUGGCAAUCAAACGGGAGCAGCUAGCGCCGCCGCCGAGGAGGAUGAGGAGCCCAAGUUUCGCUGCACCCAUCGCGGCUGCAACAAGGAGUUUCGCAACCACUCGGCCAUGCGCAAGCACAUGCACACGCACGGACCACGCGGGCAUGUGUGCAACGUCUGCGGCAAGAGCUUUGUGGAGAGCUCGAAGCUGAAGCGUCACCAGCUGGUGCACACCGGCGAGAAGCCCUUCGAGUGCACUUUCGAGGGCUGCGGCAAGCGCUUCUCGCUGGACUUCAACCUGCGCACCCACGUCCGGAUACACACUGGCGAUCGACCCUACCACUGUCCCAUCGACGGCUGUUCCAAAUGCUUCGCCCAGUCAACGAACCUCAAGUCGCACAUGCUGACGCACACGAAGCCCAAGCGGAAGUGGCCCAGGGCGCCGCAGGUGAAUGUGAACCACCACAACAACAACAACAACAACAAUAACAAUAAGACACCGCUGGUGGCAAGAUACGGACGUCUGGAGUUUGGCGAAGAUCCGCGUCUGGUGUACGUGGAGCAGAACGAGGAGAUGGCGUCGGUGCUGCUGGAUGGCACGUCCCCCACAUCCUAACUAGUAGUGCGCAUAAAUGUAUCGCUGGUAUUGGCCUGAGGUGGCUCCGUCGAGUGACCAGAUUGUACAGUUAGUUGUAGCCAGUUUUUAUCUGUAUCUGUAACCUAACGAGCGGAGCGACAGGACGCGAUUAUCACCUGGUGAACACAUCCGCCUGCUCCCCGCCCCCUAAGUAAUUAGCGUAAGAACUUUUUCUAACAAAAUAGGCUUGCAGUGCAAAAGGAAGUUAGAUGGUAGCCAUUGAUUUAUUUCCUGCAUGGAUGGAAAAACCGGAUAUAAAGCAGUUCUAAGAGUUUAGCUUGUAGCGUAGGCUAAGCGAGCCCCCUCCGUCUCCCUAAAAAAAACCGAACCGCGAACCCCGAAAAAAUCAGCCAAACUGCCCUCCCCCUAUAAACCCCAAAUUCGAUCUGAUCCCAACCGUGUGCGAUCUUCGCUCGAAUAACAAAAAGCGCACGUUCUUUUCUACAAAAAAAAAAAGAAGUAAACUAAUAAGAAAAAUACACAAAACUAGUUCUACCAUAUUCAGUACGCAUACACCAAUAGGCUAUCUAUAUAUUUUUGUAAUGAAUUGUAACACUUAGAGCAUUGAAGUAUGGAUUUAGCAAGUUCAACGUCUGUUGGCGCUAACAAAUAAUUCACAAAUGGAAGCACAUCAGUUAAGUCGGAAUAAACAAGGGAAUACCUCUUCAAAAUUUAACAAUAAUAAACCAAGAAAAC